CAGACGGUAUUCCUGCUCGUCUCGCUCCACCAGUUAAGUUAAAUCAGAGGCAGCCACUGGCACACUGCGGUGGUCUCUCUGUCUGUCCUGCUCUGAAGCAUCAACUGCCUCCUGGUUCAGCACCACAGGACUCGCUGAGGCCCUCGCCCAAGGCCUGUAUCAGUCACCACAGACGCACCCUGCCGACAGGGCCCCCUGUUUAAAAGUCCCAGGAUCUGGCACUAAAAAGGGAAAAUGACGAAUAUAACGACAGAAGGGAUAUCUCUGGAUUGCGGCAUGUCUGGAACGCAUGAAUUCAUCUUCACCCUGGUACCCAUCGUCUACAGCUGUAUCUUUGUCAUCGGCAUUGUCGGAAACAGUAUGGUGGUGGCCGUCAUCUACUGCUACAUGAAGCUCAAGACGGUGGCCAACAUAUUUGUGCUCAAUCUUGCUGUUUCUGACCUCACCUUCCUCAUCACUCUGCCCAUGUGGGCCACAUCUACAGCCAUAGGCUAUCACUGGCCCUUUGGAGGAUUCCUGUGCAAGGCCUGCGCAGGGCUGGUGACGUUUAACCUCUACACCAGCAUCUUCUUCCUCACAGCGCUCAGCAUGGACCGCUAUCUCGCCAUAGUCCACCCAAUGCGAUCACGCAGGUUCCGCACCGUGGUGUACGCACGAAUUACCUGUGUAGUGAUCUGGCUUUUUGCUUUUGUGCUUACUGUGCCCACAGCAAUGACCAGGGAUCUCCACAAAAUCACAAACUACACUACAGUGUGUGGCAUUCUGCACCCAAACAUUGAAGAUGCCUUAAGAUUGAAAGAGCUCCUGCUGGCCAUCAGCCUGAUGAAAAGCCUGCUGGGCUUCCUGGUGCCCUUCAUCAUCAUCAUCACCUGUUACUGCCUCAUCGGACGGGCGCUGCUGGGGAAGAGGCACAUCCAGAAAAGCUCCCGUUCCCGUGAUGACGAGGUUCUGCGCAUGCUUGCAGCAGCUCUCCUGGCCUUCUUCCUGUGCUGGAUGCCCCAUCAGGUGUUCCACCUAAUGCAAAUCCUCACCCAGCUGAAACUGGUGGAGAACUGUACCAUCCUGGAUAUCAUCGACACCGCCAUGCCCUUCACCAUCUGCAUUGCCUACUUUAACAGCUGUGUCAACCCCCUCGUGUAUGGCUUUGUUGGGCACAACUUUCGCAAAAACUUGGUGCGUCUGUUGCGCUGCUCGCCGAGUGGAGCCACAGGGCCUCACCCGAGCAUCAGCUCCAAGAUGAGCGCCCUGUCUUUUCGUGCCUCUGAGGCACUGAGCCUCACAGCCAAAAGUAAGGCCUCCCCUGACGUUAAGUGAAGGGGGGAAAAAAAAAAGAGUGAGGGUACAAAUUCACUCUCCCUGCUCUUUUGGUCUGUGGUUAAGGAGCCGGGGAUGGAGACAUUCCAUGCUUUUAAAACCCCAACUGUAUUACCAAGCACUGAACCAUGCAGAAUGGCUGAAAUGUUGUAUUCAUGUUCCUCUGUGAGUCCAAGAGACAUUCACUACUUUGUACAGAGCUUAUCUGCAGAACAAUUAUUCAUAAACCACCACAUGUCACACAACACUCAUGCUUGUCACAGUCAUGCAUUCAAGUGUUUCACUCCAGUUACGGGAAAUGAAGUCAGUGUCACUGACACAUGUUGUAAAAAAAAAAAAACAUCCAGGAGUACUGCCAUGCAAGAAAAGACUAUACAUAAUUACAGAUUGCUUAUCCCAUUAUUUAUAUAAGAUAUGCAUGUACUGCAGGAUUUUGUCGCCGUAAGGAUAUGGUGCAGUAAUAUAUUGUCCAGUGAUAACCAUUCUGUGUGCUCAGCAGGUCUUUCACCAGUUGGAACAGUGAUCAAGUGCUCAGCAAAGAGGCCAAAAAAAAAAAUCAUAAGCCACCCAUGUAUGAUCUGUCAGCAGUUGUGCACAUGGAACAAUGAAAGUGUAGCAACAUUGUGAUGUAAGUUUAUAUCAGUUAGUAACAUAUUUGACUAACUUGUUCCUGUAUGAUAUAUGUGGUUAAGUGUUUGCAUGAUAAGAUUGCUGAAAUGUUGCCCAGUCUGGGAGUAACAUGCUGUAUAAAUAAGAGUCCUACACAAACACUCCAGGCAGGGUGAUCAUUGUUAAUACCUCUGGUGGUUGUCUUUGUGGUAUUUAAACAUGUUGAUAGAUUCUUUUUUUCUUACUCUGUAAAUGUACAGUUUGUGAAUAUAUGAAAAUAUGAAUAAAAUGAAAAAACCUCAGUAAAA